AUGGGUAACUCCGCCGGAAAGUCCUCAGAUGAGUCCUUACGAGAGGCCGUCCAGAUGCUCCUAGAGGUGCCCAUGGUGGGGCCCGCCGCCGCGGCCGCCCGCGCGGCCGCGGCCAUCGGGCACGACGACGGGUUCUCGUCGGAGGAGGAGCACGCGCGAGCGGUGGCGGAGGCGGGGGAGGAAGCGGCGGCGGUGGUAAGGGAGGAGGAGGAGGCGGUCUGGAUGGGGGUCUUCGGCUGCGCCAUCGAGGAGGGCGAGUUCUUCGAGGUGUUUUCUGCAAGUGAUGCCACGGCGAUGAGGUUGCGGCAGCCGGGCAAUCUCAAGCUGCUGGCUCGGGAGGCCCUGUCCAACAUUUGUCGGUUCGUGGAGUCUAGACAGACGAGCCCCCACAUGGUGACGGUGUACGCGAGCAUCCGGGUGCUGACCCGGGUACUGCCGGCCCUCCUGUCAACCCCCGAGCUCCGCUCCUGGUGCUGGGCGCGCCGAACGCUGCCGCAACUGCUCUCCUUCCUGGAGAACAACGAGGAACAAUCGCCGCGACGAAACGGACAGGACGUACGGCAGCAGCAGCAGCAGCAGCAGCAGCAGGGGAGACGACAAGAACAAACGCCUCGCGGGAGGUUUCCCACGCCCGAGCCCGACGACGCCGAGCCGACUCCCCUCCCGGACAUGACGUCCCCGCCCUCCCCCGCAGAACUAGACGACGGCGUGGCUUCGUCGGGGAGCGGGGUUUCCACCGGAGGUGGCGGUGCCGGCGGCGGCAGUGUCAACUGCAGGCCGUACGGAGGCAGCGGGGAGGACGACGACGGGGAGGGGGAUGGUGGCAAGGGUGGAGACAGCGGCAGCGAAGGCGGCGGCGGUAAAGACGGGCGCGGCGGCGCGGGCGACGAAUUUCCGGUGUGCUUCGCCUCGGUCGCUCUGCAUGCGGUCACCAGCCUGCUGUCCUUCCCCGGGUUCUGCGUGGACGACGAGGCGAUGGAGUGGGACGACUACUACACCCCCAUCCCGGAGUUGCACUACGGGAUCAAGGAGGCGGCCAUCAUCUGGGCACCCGGGGUUGCAGUGACAGAGCACAACAUGAGGCAAGUGAGCUCUUUCGAUUCCAACCGGGUGGAGACCCUCCGGCUCUUGGCGACUCUGCUGUCUCUCCCCCUCUUCCUCGACACCCCUUCGCCGAGAACACCAACAAUUCCGCCGCAGGCGCCGCCGCUACGGCGCCGGCGGUGGCCAUCCAGAGCACCACCGCCAUCCAUCCCGGGGAAACCUUUGCCGAAUCCCACCGCCGCCCUUGCGGCCUCCCGCCACCUACAGUUCUCCUCCGAGCUGUUCUACUCCUUGCUUAACCUGGCCGUGGUCAGCAGGGCGGCGCCUGGGGGGCGGGCGGCGGGGCGGGCAAGCGGGGGCGGGGGGCAGGGUGUGAUGCGGUGGUUUGCCCUGGGGGGCGGCAGGACCGGGGGGGCGGCGGGGACCCGGGCGGAAGCCGAGGGGGGGGCACAAAGCCUCGCAGAGUGGGCCCUCCAAAUGCUGGCGCUUCUGCUGAGGCACGGCAGGCCCUACGAUGAACUCCUCAAGCAGAGAGGCGUCGACUUGGCCGCCUCGGGAGCCGCGCCGGUCUACGGAUCAGUGCCCAGACCGGUAGAGUUUUCCGCGGAGAGGGCGAGAGGGUACAACUGCUUCCGGAGGUGCGUGUUUGUCGUCCACUCCGACGACGAUCUAGGAGCGAUCGCGCUUGGCCUCCUCCGGCACGUGGACGACGCCAGGCUUAGAAGGACGAGACCACAAGGGUCGCUGCUGUCCAUCCACCAGGAAUCGCUCAUGGUCUUCGCUGCUUUCGUGCACGAGAACCCUCGAUUUGUGCCAAGGCUGGCGGCCUCGGAGGAGCUGGUUAGGGGCACCGCGGUUUGCGUGUGCCACUUCCUCCGGGGUGCCGUGGCGGCCACAAUAGAGGCAGCCGAGCAGCAGCAUCUCGACGCUGACGCUGACGCUGACGGGGAGGCAGCAGAUGCGAUGGAGGGGGGGAACAGGGGAAUAGAUAAUCGGCGGAAACCCCAUGGAGAGGAGAUUGGCCUGUUGGUGUUGCUGAGCCGGCUGCUCCUGACCCUCAGCGAUAACGUGCGCUUUGUCGCCAUGUUGGUAGACAUGCUGGCGGCGGGUGGUGCGGGAGGGCGGGGAGCAGAGUUCGCAGCCCCAGAUCUAGGUGACGCCCCCGGCACCACCAUGAUAGAGGUGGUCCUGUCGCUGUGCGUGUACGCGCUCGCCCGGGCGGGGACCGGGGGUGCGGUGGUGGCUCCUGCACUGGCUGCGGUGGCUCGCAACUUGUGUCCGUUCCUGACGCGGGGCAUGAGGAGACAAACCGCAGAGUUGCUGCUCGAUGCGCUCGAGGUCUAUCUUGUUGGCGGCGGUAGCGAUGGGGGGUUGGUAGAGGAGGAGGGAGAGGGCGGGGGGGCGACGGCCCCGAAUCCGUGUUAUUGGUCGGUGGCAUCACUCCUGCUGGAGGGGCUGGCGGCGGCUGCGGUUUUCCAUCACGAGGAGCAGGCGGAAUUGGUCAAGGCGAUGAUCGGCCGCUCUAGAGACAAUCCUACGUUUUUGGGCAAGCAGCAGCAGCAGCAGCAGCAGCAGCGGACAGACGAUGCGGGGGGUGGACAAGCUGCGGCUGGCCAAGAAACACGGCCCUGGGCAGGAGGUGGGGUCUUGCGGUGGUUGGCGGCCCACGGUGGAAUGCUGGAGGGCGGCACGGAAGUUGGUGAUGGUGAUGGCGGUGUUGUUGGUGAUGUAGUGGGGUCUUGGUCAAGGGAGGCAUCGGCAAAGGAGGCAGAACGGCUGGCGUCGGAGCAGUUUUGGUUCGAGUCUCGGGUGCCGUCUUUACCUUGGGAGGGGUGGGCUAUGCGUCGAGUCCUGUGGCCGUUGCUCUCUCUUGUCACGGCUCCGCCUCCGUCGACCACGGCGCCGGGGACGCCGGGACCAGCAGGCUCGCGGGAACAAGAUAGGGCGGCGGCGGUGCGUGCCCUGGCGUCCUCCGCGCGCAGGAAGGUCUUGAGGCCCGCGGGGCUGUGCCCCCCGUGGGGCGACGAAGACGGCGGUGACGAAGACCCACGCGCGCGGGGGCCCGAGGACGGGAACGGGGGCUACGCCCAGCGAGGCGCCGCGGCGGUAGGCGACGCCGCGGGAUACCUGACCUCCACUCCGCCAGACACCGCGGCGGCGGCGGCGGCGGCACCGGGGAGAUCAAGCCCAGGAGCCUCGCGAGGGACGGCGGUGUCCGGCGUGUCCCUGGUCGGAGAAGACGGACGGCGCCUCCCCCCGCCCCCCGGAACUCCCGGACCGCCCCCCGGCGGCGGGGUCGUACCGCCGGAGGCGGCGGCCUCUGGCGGAGCGGGGGUCGGCGGUGAAGGCGUUUUCCCGGGGAGGGAGAAGGAGGGGGGCGGGGGGGAGGUAGAGGUUCUGACGAGAGUGGCCGCGGUGGAGGAGCCGUGGCAGUCGAUCUACCUGUGGAGCCUGCUGUUCACCAAGACCACGGCGGACCUGAGGCUGUUCGACUCUCGUGAGGUCAGGCUCUUCGAGAUCAUUGAAGAAGAAGCAGGCGACUACGGCGAACGCCACGGCAACGGCGACGAUAGCGUCGGCACCGAGGUCGACGAGGAGUUCUACGAAGAAUCGUUUUUCCCCGGGGAAGGGGGCGAGGGCGAAUCACCCUCCCCCCCCAAAUCCGAACCCGAGGGGGGGGGCUCCGUGUUUUGGGGGAGGCGGUCGUCAGGCGGGGGGGGUAGCGACGGUGGUGCUCGUAGCAGUCCGACUACUGCUGUCGCGGGUGUCCCAGACCACGGGGAUAAUUCCUUCGUCUAGCGUUGAUGUUACUCCUGGCGCGCCCGCGUGGGGGGCCGGGGGGGGUGGGGCAAGGGUGCACAUGGUCGUUCGCGUUCUCGGUCUACCAAAAAGAGAAAAUCCAUGGUGGGGUCAUUAAACGUUGGCCGCCGGGCGUGAGAGGGGAGGGGAGGAGAAGCCACAGACCGCUCGCUGUGAAUUAACAUGUUUUGAGUUAUUGUAUUACGGGCAUGCUAGGGGGGGUUUCCAGUGUUGCGGUCACAGCCCGGGCUUUUGUUUCUGGACAGGACGACCACAUCCAUCCAUGUUUGAUGUGAAAGGGGUGGGAAGCAGCGCAGGUGGUACCCCCGCGUGAUGGACGAUUUCGAGGAAGCCUUGCUUCCGGGGGGGGGGGGGGGGGGGGGCCCCAAGGGGGCUUUCACGAUGUACAGGCAGGCGUUGUGCCUGCGCGAGGUUUGAGGGUCGCCAGUUUUUUGGGUGUCCUGCGCGAAGUUGCGGGCGGUAGGUUAGUGGGAGCGGUUGUUGGAUGGCUUUGUCGAAGUUACAUUGGUGUUGACGCAACUUACAGAGAAGGAGAGCCUCACAGAGAGAAGGAGAGCCCCACGAGGAGAACAUCGCAGAGAGUAGGAGCGGGGAGGACUUGAGAGAGGAGUACGAAGAGGUGUACCAGCUUGGAGAAGUUUCAAAGGUGUCAAGUCUUUUUUCGAGUCUUUUCUCGAAGGUUUGUUGAAGGGCAAUGUUUGAUGGCGUCUGCCUUGUUUGGUCGACACCCUGGUAACAGCGGCGGCGGCAGCCGCAGCGAGGGGUGUGGACGUGGGUUCAAGACUUCGAAAGGGAUGCUUCGAUGCCAUUGUUCUGCGACGCACUCUUUUUACUUGUACGCUUCAUCGUGUCGGCUUGUAGAGGAGGGUGGUUUGUUUCGCCAGCGAAGAAUAGGACCAGGCCUGUGCGCUAUCGGACUAG